AUGGCGAGAGCUGCGAGCGCCAGUGGUAGCAGCGCAAAGAAGGCUCGCCCGCCUGCUCGCUACGCAAGAAAGAAGAGCGCCAAGUCUUCAAAGCAAUCCUUCUCGUCCGAUCGAUCCCAGUCGCAUACCGCCGUGUUCAGGCCGUCCGUGUCGCGCAGCAGUAGUCGCGGCAAUUCUACUCUGCGUAACGCCACGUCCACCACAUCGAAGCGCCUUACCCUUCCCGCACACCUCACGCAGACGGUCGAAGCAUCCGCCGCCAGAAGCUAUGCAGCCACGAGUGGCCUGGGCGACCAUUUUGCUGCUCAGCGCUCGCACUCAGCUUCCUCUCUGAGGCGGGUGACCAGUAAUGUCGGCGUCGGCUCGGUUCCUGCGGCACUGGCACGCUACCGUAGGAAGGCUGGCGUGCCGCGCGUGAUCACCAACGCCAGUGCGAUCAUUGACGCAUCGUCAUCAGCAUCUCGCCCCUCCCUAGACUCCACAACUCAUCUUGAGCUAGCCACACAGCAGCCCCCUCCUUGGAUGCGUGACCUCAUUCAUUCCCAGUCACCUCAGUCUAAUGUUGCUCAAGCUUCAGAAUGGGGACCUACAUCUGAGGAGCAAGAACAAUUGAGCGCAGUGUACGCCAGCUCCCCAACGCAAAGCAUCAACAGCAGCACGAGCAGCAAGCCAUUCUCCGAGCCAGGUCUGGCAGAUCUGCGCCACCUCACGCUCGCUCGAGCACCGAAUGUUCGUCCGAUUGACUAUGCGGAGGAGGACCUUAAUGCGGGUUAUGCCAGCGACGAGUUUGCACUUGCUUCGCACCACUACGCCGACGGCGAAGAGACUACGUUGCUUGCCCAGCAAGAAUUGACGUCUUCUCGCCCCCCGACCGCGCCUGAAAUGCUCCGCCCUUGGUCGCCUCUGCGCAAGGACGGUCUUUCUUACCAAGAGGAUGAUGUGCAGACCGCCAAGGUCGCUACCACGAACAGUCACCUCCAUGCCAUUGAAUUAGCCCGUCCGACCAAGAGUGUCAGCUUCGCCGACUCGCCACAGUUCCUCAGCGACGUUCUUACUGCCUCAUCUGCUUCGCCCGGACAUUCCUUUCUUACGCCAAUGGAUCCCUCCAACUCGGCGGACGGGCUUCAGCAGCUGCUUUCUGGCUCCUCUUCUUUGCUCUCGGACUCAACUGGCAAGACAACGCCAACAACUCCCACGUCUGCUUCUGAGCACUUCUCCACACUACUGAAGCCUCGCAGCCCAUGGAGUUCGCCUUUUGCUCCACAGCUAGGUGGGAUCGCCCGUAGACAAGGAGACGCGGCACCUCGUCCGUUGUACUCGGAGGCAGACGUCGAGAUCUACAAGCGGGAGGUGCUCCUUGGCGGGCAGGCCGGCGCUGCCAGUAGCGAACAAGGGGAAGGCGCGAAGGAUACCGGCAAUCAGGGGCGAUUCGAGACGUUCGACGACUAUCCUGACGGCAGCACAACUCGCUCCGGCAGUGUCGCAGCCGCAAUUGCUGACGUCGGACAAGAUACACACAAGACGACUGCAGAGCAAGAGCAGCAUCACUUCUUUGAUUCGGAGGGACUUGGCGACGACGAGGACUAUCAGGAUGAUUGUGAGGGCAUGAGGAGCGAUUGA